AUGGGCUACUCACCUCUUUGGCUAUCGAGGUUUACAUCUCGACUUGCCAACCGCAGAUUUAUUUACACAUUUACCGUGUUAGCCAUCUUCACAGCCAAGUUGGCGCACAUCCACAGCCACCGAAAUGCCGUCGCUCCUUCUCGACUCUUCACCUUUUUCGGCACAUUUUUCAUCCAGGAUAUUCUCGUACUUUUAUUAAUCAGACUCCUCCUCGAUCCGUGGUUCUUCACAGCAAACUUGGUCCAGCUUGCCACGACUGCGCUGGCUAGUCUUUUAAUAGUGUACAAUGUCGCCCUUUCUGUGAUCUCAGUCACCUUCUACCUUGUUGCUGGAUCCGAAAUCCACUGGACAAAUAUCGGCCUUGUUUCUGAUCCUACAUCAAGAGCCAUCUUCCUCUCGGGCCUCGUCACGUUGAUCUUGGUGGUAUCAGUGUUGGUCUCGAUCAGCUGGCUAUUGCAGAAUGCCUGCUACGAGGUUUUGGGCUGGGGCGCCCAGAUUGUUGCCUUCCCUUUUAAUUUUGCGUCAAGGGCAAUUGGCCGCUUCUUGAGGAAGCGAAACUUCUACGGCCUUCUUCCUACCCGCGAAAGUGUCGAUAUUCCCGACAACCAAUACUCCGACGAGGACGAUAGCUCCAGCAACGAAGACUCUACCGAAUUCACCAAAUCGCAAACCAUCUACUCUCGACUCUCGCAGCGAAUGCGCAACACACUGGGACUUCGAGUGCAACCAUCAACCAUCAGGCGAUGUCUCCGCGGUAUUCCCUACCUAUCCUGGUGUCUCCUUGGCAUUGCUUUGUUGGUCUUGUCACUGCAAAGACCAAACGAUAGGUCAUUGAUCUUCCUUUCGUGGACAACUGGUCUCCUCCCUUUCGUCGAUAUGUCUUCAACCUCGCCACUCCUCGACCAGCUCCCUUCUCACUUCACCAAAGUCGGUAUCCAACACGAAUGGGACGAAAAGUCAGCCGUGGCCGAACCACCAAAGUUCAACUGGCUUCCCAAGGGCAAGCCUCUGUCUGGAUUUGAGGAUUGGUACAACCCUGACGAGAUGCACUACAAUGCUGCCUCAGAUCCCAUGAAGAUCUCUAACCUCGACCGCCCACUAUUAAAAGAGCUGCGAGACAAGCUAAAGGACGUUCCCGUGAAGCAUGUUAUGUUGUUCCUACUCGAAAGUACUAGGGACGACGUCUUCCCUGUUAAGAAGGAUGGCGCCAUUUGGAACAAGCUCCAGGAAUCAUUCUCUGACCACAAGAUUCCUCGACAGGCGGUUGAAAAGCUGUCUACAUCAACACCCACCGCCAACUAUGUCACAGGCGACUACAACGAUGGAUUCGAACACAAGGAAAAGCCCAAGCGCGGAGGAGCCCGAUUCACAAACGCCUACACAUCCGCCACUUACACCCUCAAGAGCUUGGUCGGUACAAUCUGCGGAAUAAACCCCUUGAUCGCCGACUUCAACCUCGAUUACAAACGCCACAUCUACCAACCCUGUCUCCCUCAAAUCUUUGAGGCCAUGAACAAAGCAGAUUCAUUGGCUUCAAAGUGGAAGUCCUACUUCUACCAAACUGCCACCAUCCACUAUGACAACCACGACAAGCUCAUGGCCACUAUGGGCUUCCCCGAGAAUAACACCGUGGACCGAGAUUAUCUCCGCAGCGAGAACGCAACUCACGGCGCUGUGACGCACGAAGAUAUCAACUACUUUGGUUUCCAGGAGGAUCCUCUUGAGGAGUACAUCCGCGAUGCGUUUGUUGAUGCUGAGAAGAACGACGGCCGGGUGUUCCUCACACAUAUCACAAGCACGAGCCAUCACAACUAUGGACUGCCUGCUGGCGAGAAAAAGGUUGAGCUGGGCUCAGGUAAAGAAGUCAAGGAGCUAUCUGAUUACGUCAACGCUGAGAGCUACGAUGAUAAAUGGAUCCGCAAGGUGUUGAACCUUCUGGACGAGCAGGGAGUGGCUAACGAGACCCUGAUUGUUUUCCUUGGAGAUCACGGUGUAUCGCUGGUUGAGAAUGGCAAGGCUUCGCCCUAUUACAACCCCAGCGUUGGAGCCGACCACGUGCCGCUCGUCUUCUCACAUCCGCUACUCCCCGCUUUCGAUGUUCACGACGCUGUCCAUUCUACUCAGGUUCUGCCUACUAUCCUUGAUCUGCUGUUGGAGACUGGAUCCUUGGAAGGAGUCAGUCAGCAGGCUGCGACAGAUCUCAUGCACAACUACGAGGGACAGUCUCUCUUGAGACCCCUCGAAGUGAACAACAACAAAACUGGUCAGGGACUGUGGCAGUUUACUGUCGUCAACCCAGGACGAGCCAUGCUCAACAUCCGGGACGCCCGCUUCCCAUCACGUCAUCUCGUUGUUCCUUUGAUCGAUAACACUGAGUGGCGACUGAGUGAUAUCUCAGUCGAUCCAUUAGAAGAGAACGCCGUGCAGGCGUUUGACUAUACUGCAUUUUUAGAAGCUGUCGAGGAGAGAUGGGGAGCUGACUGGGCUGAGUGGGUGGAAGAGGGUGCUUUCAUGACCCGUUGGCAUGUGCAAGAUAAUAGCAAGAAGUGGAGGUAUGAGCGGAAUCCAAAGGUGGCAGAGCGAAAGGGCCAAUAG